GUAUUGGUUCCCAAAAAUGGCGAAAUUAAUUUCUUUUAUUAUCUUCGUCAUUUGUUUGUAUACAGUAGGAGCUUACAUUGAAUUUGAUGUUCCUCGCCAUGGUCUUGAUACGGAAUUGUAUGAAAAUGUAUUAGAUGAAGAGCUAUGUGAAGCGCAAUUGAGUUACUUACUAAGUAACAAUACAAUGUUGACAGCUGAAUUUCUUGAUGCAGGCAUAAGACUCCCGAGAGGCAUUUUACAAGGAAACUUUGUAGACCUCGGAAACUACCAUCAGUGUCUAGCAAUCAGUGCAAACUUUGAGCCAUCCGACAUAGAGGGCAAGUAUUGUAUGAUAAAUGUUCCAAUGAUUCAAGAUGAGUUAAACUUACCAGUUCUGCAAGAAUGGUCUGAAGCAUGUUCAGAAUGGUACGUUGAAUGGCCGGAGAUUCCGUGGCCAAAACUUAUCUCUAUCACAAGACCACACAGUGACAUGUUCAGAAAUCUACAAAAGGUACGAACAGAAGCAGCAAAGUACAGUCGUCUGACUGGACUUGAUGUAGAUUUAAUGAGCAUUCAAUCAAUCCACAGGGUAUCAAAAGACAGCCCGCUGGCUAAUGAAGUCUUCAGACUGGCAGUAUGUCUUCCUAAAGUGUGUACACCUAGGCAGUUCAUCGACACUGUUUUUAUAAACACUACUAGCGUGGGUUUAAAACACUCGGAAGAAUUUUGCAGACUGAGAAAUGAUAAACCGUUUGCACCCGUUGAUUAUGCUGCUAUGGGAGUUUUUGGCUUCAUAAUCCUUAUUACUGUUCUUUCGACACUCUACGAUCUAUAUUUUACCGCGAUAAGUAAGGAAGGUUCAAAAAAAGCCAAUACUCUUGGAAAAUCCUUCUCUGUCCAUCCGAAUACUCGCCGUUUGCUCACAUUCAACUCUGGACCCGGAACUUUAGAGAGCCUGGAUGGAAUCAGAUCCUUAGCCAUGAUGUGGGUCAUCUUGGGCCACACGUAUUCUACGAAUAGGAGAGCGCACUUUUUUAAUCCUUUAGAAAUGUUCACGUGGAUGACUUCAUUCUCGGCAAUUUGGAUCGUGGCAGCUCCUAUCACAGUGGACACCUUCUUCUUGUUGAGUGGACUGCUGAUUGUGUAUACAUCUGUUGGGAAGAUAAGUCCGAAGGGUCUGUUUAAAACAAUCCAUUUAUUCUAUCUUCACCGUUUAUUGCGAAUGUUUCCCAUUUUGGCAACCGCCGUGUUUCUUCAAGCGUCGUUAUUCAAUCAUCUGGCUGACGGCCCGGAGUGGUACAUCAUAGUUGAUAAAGUAGAACGGUGUAGGACAUACUGGUGGUCUACCCUCUUUUAUGUGCAGAAUUAUUUGACGCAAACAUGGUGUAUUGGCCAUACUUGGUACCUCGCUGUCGACGUGCAGCUGCAUAUACUUUCACCACUAAUUUUGUUCUGGGUGCUCGGCAAAAGAAGAUCGGCAUGGAUUGCAUUAACUCUCGUCAUGUUGAUCGUCAUGGCGGUGUCGACAACGUACCAGCGGCGUAGCCCCCCCCCACGCUACGCCUCUGCAACGUACAACUAUUUAAACAAGUUCCCGGCGGCAAUGUUUGUACCAACAAUAUCACCAGAAGAUUCCUUCCGCUAUUCACGAUACUAUUAUAUAAACACUCUGACAAGAUGCUCACCUUUCUUCGUUGGCAUGUUAUUUGGCUAUCUCCUUAAUAUUUUCAAAAGCAAAGAAGUUCAUAUGGCUAAAUGGUUUGUAGCCUUAUGCUGGGCCAGUUCCUUCGUGGUUUCCGCUGGCAUUAUCUACUCCUCAUACCCCAUUCUUCAAAUGGAUUGGGACAGCCCCUUUUGGGACGGCAUCAUAAACUCCUUUGCCAGACCCGGAUGGGCUGUGUGUCUUGGCUGGAUGAUAUUUGCAUGUACACACGGUUAUGGAGGUCCUGUCAACUGGUUGCUGUCGCUCCGUAUGUGGAAGCUACCAUCUCGGCUUUCCUACGCAAUGUACAUCUUCCACUAUCCCAUAAUGAUUAUCGUCAACACUACUUCUGUGUCGGCGAGCUACUUCUCUGUUGAACGCUUUUUCUUCCGAUUCUUAGCUCACUUGGUGUCGACGUUUAUAAUCGCUUUUACAGUGACCGUUCUUAUAGAUUCUCCUUUCUCUACACUAAUAAAACUGUCUAUAGGAAGAAGUAAAACUGAGAUGGUGAAGACCAAACAAGGAAAUGAAGACGAACAUAAACUGUAG